AUGGCCUCUUUGAUGCCGGUUCCUGCUCCGCCUCGAACACCCACACCUCCCCCUGAUGAGAGCACCCUUCAGGGUGGUCUGGGCUUAGAUGGCAUUCCACAUGCUACAGCGACUGAGAUCCUUUAUGAUCCCAACUCACUCUCUCCAGCUGAUCCCAAUGCUCAUUUUGGCUCAAUGUCCGCCAACAUGGUCUCUCCCGCCGGUGCCAAUUCAGUGUACAGUCCAAUGUCUUUGGAAAGUGGAAAUAGUGAUAUCUCAAGCCCUUUCAAUUUCCAGACAACCACACUUGCAAAGUCUCCUGUUGUGAAGUCGAAUAUUGGUCAGAGACGUGGUCACAAAUACAAGCAUAGCAGUGUCUCUCAUCAGAUCUUCCUGGAGCCUCCUCCCAGAGCACCACUAUCGUUACCAAAUUCCCUGCCUAUCCCUACAUUUGCCGAAUGCUGCGCAAGCAUGUCGAAAGAUCAGAAGACAAGGUUCUGGUGGAGUUUGUGUCACAUCUCGAUUGCAGGGUAUGCAAUGUGGAGUGCGUCUGGGUCAUCAGCCAUGGAGGCGCUAUCACACCUCCUGAUAUACGAUUCGCUUGGAGCGCUGAUAUGUGUGGUUGUGGAUGUACUCAGCAAUUUCGAGGUGUGGAAGCGGUCAAGCAUUCGUCAUCCUUUUGGCCUCGAGAGAAUGGAGGUUCUCUGUGGCUUCGGGCUCUCCAUCUUUUUAGUCUUUACUGGCUUUGACCUGAUCUCUCAUAAUGCAAAACAUGCAUUGGAAGGGAUCGGACACACUCCACACCAUUUGCAUAAGCACGAAAGAGCCUCUGCAGGCUCGGUCGAUGUAACAGCAGUGCUUGCCCUAAUGUCGACUUUGAUCUCUGCUGUUGGACUUGGGAACCAUGCAAGGAUUGGAAAAGCAAUGCGGUUUGCUGCCAUCGAGUCCCUACCACCGCUCCUCAGCAACCCUUCACACUUCCUGACGCUUUCCUGCUUGGCUAUAUUGCUCCUAUUGCCGCUUCUCUCUUUAAAUGCCUACACAUGGAUCGACAAAGCGCUGUCGGCGACGAUGGCGGUGUGUAUGUGUGCACUUGGUGUUCGGCUGGCGAAAACACUUGGAUCGAUGCUACUCAUGUCAUAUUCUGGACCUGGAGUUCAAGAUGUGAUUCGAGCGAUCGAGACCGAUUUUGCUGUGACGAAGGUCGAAGACGCCAAAUUUUGGCAGGUCCACUAUGGACUUGGAAUGGCUAACCUGAAAUUAAGGGUCAGAGGCACGGAAGACAGCCUCUUAAAGUUACGAGAACGACUUACCAGUUUGAUACGCAACCAACUAGGUGGUGGAUAUGGUGGAGGCGGGCAAAAAUGGGAGGUUUCUGUCCAACUUAUCACAGACGACCUCCGCGCCAGAUGA